UUUAGCGUGUAAACAAACUGGAAAAACAAAGUUGUAUAUGCAAGGAAUUGUUGUGGUAUAAAUGAAGUUGAAAUCAUUAGCAGUCUUCACUCGGUAUAGCUAUUUUCAUAAGAAAAUUUAAGUGAUUUUGGACUGUUACAAUAUACACUACUGCUGGAAUAUGAUCAUCUUCCUGAUGGUAGUAUUCCUGUUUUGUAUGUACUGGUUGUUCUGGAUGUCAAAAACACGGCGCAUUGAAAAGUUCACGGCAUCUCUCCCUAUGCCCCCAUCCUUACCUGUCAUCGGCCAUGCAGCCCUUUUCUUAGGAAACACCGAGAAAAUCCUUAAAAAUCUAGAAGACAUAGCCUCUAUCGCACUUAAAAACAACGGAGCUGUGAAACUUUGGUUGGGCCCAAAAUUAUACAUUGCAAUCGGCAACCCUGAAGAUGCCCAACUCAUUUUGGAGAACUGUUUAGACAAAGAUGUCGUUUACAGAUUUCUGCGUCCUUGGCUAGGACAAGGCUUGUUCAUUGCCCCGCUCAGACUGUGGAAGAUGCACAGAAAGAUUCUGUUGCCAGUGUUCCACAACAAAGUAAUAGAAGAAUAUAUCGGUGUUAUAUCGAAACAAGCAGACGUACUCACAGAAAGGCUGGAAGAGCAAUCUGGGAAGGAGACAUUCGAUGUUUUAAGUUACAUUUCAGCCUGCACUUUAGAUAUUGUUUUUGAAACGUCUAUGGGUGAGAAAAUGGAUGUCCAACAUUGGCCUGAUACUCCAUACCUGCGAGCUCGUCACACAGUUAUGGAGAUUCUUAAUAAACGACUAUUUAAGGUUUGGCUCCAGCCUGACUGCCUCUUCAAGCUAACCAGAUACGCUAAAGAACAAAAGAAGAAUAUCGACCUCACUCAUAAAUUUACAGACGAGGUUGUUCAGAAAAGGCGUCUACAAUUUGAGGCAAAGGAAGCGAUUGGACUUAACAACACAAAAGAUUCAGGUGAUAAAAUAAGACCAGUUCUGGAUAUGUUAUUCGGACGAGAGAUCGAGUUCACGAACGAGCAGCUGAGGGAACACAUAGACUCCAUAACUAUAGCUGGAAACGACACCACCGCUCUUGUCAUAGCUUACACCCUCGUGAUGCUUGGAAUACAUCAGGACGUUCAGCAAAGGGUAUUCGAGGAACAACAAUUAAUUUUUGGCAAAGAAAAAAGAGCACUUAACAAAGAGGAUUUAAUACAAAUGCAAUACUUGGAGAGAGUCAUCAAAGAAAGCAUGCGACUCUACACUGUGGUGCCAAUUAUAGCUAGAAAUAUUGACCGAGAUAUAUAUUUACCGCACAGUAAAGUGACAAUACCAUCAGGCGUUGGAGCGGUUGUUGGAGCUUUUGCGAUACACCGUUCAGUUGAUGUGUGGGGAUCAAAUGCCAACGAGUUUGAUCCUGACAGAUUCCUUCCGGAACGUUCUAAGAAUAGACACCCGUGUUCCUUUAUACCUUUCAGUCAUGGCUCACGGAAUUGUAUUGGAAGAAAUUUCGGUAUGAUCAUCAUAAAGGGCAUCAUAUCGAACGUGAUCAGAUCGUUUAUAAUACAAGCGGAUGAGGUGGGACCAUUGAAAAUCGAGAUGCUUUUAUUUCCCACUAGAGGCCAUCAAAUUAAGAUAACUAAGAGAAUGAAUUAAAUAAACUAGCAUAAUGACUUAUAUCUAAUCUACGUCCUAUUUCAUAUACAAGCUACGAUGUCCUUUUUGUU